AUGGCAAACUACAUCCAGUACUUCAUGAGUAAAAAAACGUCAGAACAAGAAAGAAAAUAUUCCAGUUAUAAGCUUGAGGUAUUAGCUGUAGUAGAAGCCUUAAAGAAAUUCCAGGUCUACCUUUUGGGUAAAACGUUUAAGAUUAUCACGGAUUGUGCCGCAUUUUACAUAGACGAAAUUAUAAGGAAUGCACACAAAAGAGGACAUUUUGCCACCAAGCGGACUAAAGAAGAUGUAAAGCAAGAAUUCUUCAUCCCAAAUCUCCACUCUAAAGUUGAAAGAUGCAUUGCGAAUUGCGUGAAAUGCAUAUUAAUUAACAAAAAGUCAGGCAAACAAGAAGGAUAUUUACAUCCAAUAAGUAAAGGGAACAUUCCGCUACAUACCUACCAUCUGGGUCACUUAGGACCACUAAAGAUGACCCACAAGAAUUACAGACAUAUUUUAGUCAUUAUAGAUGCCUUUACCAAGUUUAUGUGGCUGUAUCCCACCAAAAUGGUGACAUCUAAAGAGACGAUCAAGAAGUUAGAGCUACAAAAAAGUGUCUUUGGCAACCUGAGUCGGAUUAUUUCUGACCGAGGCACCGCUUUCACAUCGGCCGAGUUCGAAGACUACUGUCAUAAUGAAGAUAUAGAACACAUUAAAGUUACUGUGGGUUUGCCAAUGGACAAAUUGAGAGGAUCAACAGGAUGA